CAUCCCUUCAGGAUCUCCACUGGCACCAGUGACUAGAUAUGAUCUACGAACCUCCCUGUAUACCCGUUUCACUCUGAGCUGGAAUCGCUUCACAUUUUUUGCAUGGAUGAUAACAGCCUUCCAUAUAUUCAUGGAUUUCUCACACCACAUGUAAUUUGACUCAAACACGGGAUUGGUGAAAAAGUAAAGACGGUAAAGAGGCACUCCAAGUGGGUUCCUGCGGUUUUUAGGUCUGUGGAAACAGCGCUUGAGUCAGCCAUGGGCAUGGGACCGUGCGUCAGCCGAGAGGGACCGGGUGCAGUAGGAAGAGCAUCUUCCUGAAGGCGAAAAAAGCCCGUCUCCGGGAGUUUUUUUUAUUUGUUUAUUUAUUUAGUUUUUUACUAUCCGUUCUUCUUUGCCAUUGCCAUUUUUUUCUACCGGGGUUGGGGGGCUGUGGGUUUUACGCGCCGGAAUGAUGCGUCCCAACCGAGGCUUCAUCCUGCUCCUCCUCAACGGAACCGCUUGUUUGGUGGUAUUGGGUCAAGAAGAUGACUCCACAAACUCCAAGAGCUCCUCAGACGACUCCUCCAGGACAGUGGGCCUCUUGGGUGGCCAGGCUUCCCUCUCACCCCUGAGCCGCUGGAUGCUCCACAGUAAAAGCAGAGCUGCUAAUGCCACCUCGUUGGAGCUGCCCUACCAUUCUCCAGUCCCUUUCUCCAAGCAGGAGUUUUCUAAACAGGAGUUCUGGGAGAUGUUGGGUAGUGAUCUGCUCAAACCUGACACCUCGAGUCCCAGGGUCAAACGCCGGCCAAUUGUUAAGACCGGCAAGUUCAAGAAGAUGUUUGGCUGGGGAGACUUCUAUUCCAAUAUCAAGACAGUGAGGCUUAACCUGCUGAUCACCGGCAAGAUUGUGGAUCACGGUAAUGGCACAUUCAGCGUCUACUUCAGACACAACUCCACAGGCCAGGGCAACAUCUCAGUCAGCCUGGUGCCACCUGUCAAGGCAGUAGAGUUUGACCUGGAGCGCCAGAGUGUGGUCUACCCAAAGGACUCCAAGAUCUUCAACUGCCGCGUAGACUAUGAGAAGGUGGAUCGCAGCAAACGCACCUCGUUGUGCAACUAUGACCCAUCCAAGACCUGUUUCCAGGAGCAGAUCCAGAGCCAUGUGUCCUGGAUUUGCUCCAAGCCUUUCAAGGUCAUCUGUAUCUAUAUUUCCUUCUACAGUACGGACUACCGCCUGGUGCAGAAGGUCUGCCCGGACUAUAACUACCAUAACGAGAUGCCCUACCUGCCUUCGGGCUAGAGGACCUGUAGGCGGGGAGGAGAGGCAGGAGGAGAGAGGAAAAGGGGGAUGAGUGGGAGUGACUGCAACUCAUGAGGAGGAAAUCAAGGCUGUGAAUGCCAUAGUGGCAACAAGACACCUUAAAAAAAACCUCUCUGUAGCCUGACUGUUGUAAGAUGUAAAAACAUAUAUGCAAAACAAAAAGUACAGUAUGCAGAUGAUGAGGCAUUUGGAAUGCUUAACUGCAGUAUUCAUUAACUGGACUGGUAGGGGAAAAUAUCAAAUACCACCAACUUGCACAUUCUUACCUCAGACCAGUUUCUAAAUACCAACUUCUCACCAGCUACUUCUCUCUUCCAUUAAGUCAUUUCUUAAUGUUGUCUAAUGUCCUUUUAAACACCCUUUACAAUUUUUUUUAAUUUGCAAAGUCACAAGGCAGUAUCACAUCUUUGAUAUGAUCCACUGGAGGGUUGAUACAAAAUCAGACUUUAUUAUAAAUAUGGUAUAUUUGGUGUUUAACAUCACAGCCUAUACGGUAAAGGCAAAGCUAAUGAUGACUGAAACAUACCACAAGGAACAUAAAACAUUUUUCUUAUAAAGAGAAGAUGAAUGUAAAGUGUGACCAACCACAGGACCAUUCAGGUUACACUCUCAGUCUUUUUAAAGGGCAUAUAUUUAAUGUGAGCUAAAGUCCACCCCAGAACAAUGUUUAAAGUCUCUCCUUGCGCCCAGUUUCUCUCUUCCUGUCUGCAUUCUCUGAUGGAGGCACCCUAUCAAAUCAUUAAUGUGUAGUCUUUACCUGCAAAAUCAAAUCAUAAUAUAUCCUUCAGUUAUGUUGCCCCAGUUCAAUAAAAGAGAAAUAAGAGGUGGAGAUUGGAAAAAUAAUAAAAUUUACAAAAAAAAAAAGAAAAGAAAUUGCUCAUUAAAGAUUCAGGACUGGGGCUUAAGACAAGU